AUGGUCACGCUCGACACUACUAGUACUAAUAUUGGGCCGGGACCCGACUCUCGGGGCCACUACUCUCUGGGACCCGACUCUCGGGGCCACUACUCUCUGGGACCCGACUCUCGGGGCCACUACUCUCUGGGACCCGACUCUCGGGGCCACUACUCUCUGGGACCCGACUCUCGGGGCCACUACUCUCUGGGACCCAACUCUCGGGGCCACUACUCUCUGGGACCCGACUCUCGGGGCCACUACUCUCUGGGACCCAACUCUCGGGGCCACUACUCUCUGGGACCCGACUCUCGGGGCCACUACUCUCUGGGACCCAACUCUCGGGGCCACUACUCUCUGGGACCCGACUCUCGGGGCCACUACUCUCUGGGACCCAACUCUCGGGGCCACUACUCUCUGGGACCCGACUCUCGGGGCCACUACUCUCUGGGACCCAACUCUCGGGACCACUACUCUCUGGGACCCGACUGUCCAAUGUUAGCCGGGACCCAACUCUCGGGGCCACUACUCUCUGGGACCCGACUCUCGGGGCCACUACUCUCUGGGACCCAACUCUCGGGACCACUACUCUCUGGGACCCAACUCUCGGGGCCACUACUCUCUGGGACCCAACUCUCGGGGCCACUACUCUCUGGGACCCGACUCUCGGGGCCACUACUCUCUGGGACCCAACUCUCGGGGCCACUACUCUCUGGGACCCGACUCUCGGGGCCACUACUCUCUGGGACCCAACUCUCGGGGCCACUACUCUCUGGGACCCGACUCUCGGGGCCACUACUCUCUGGGACCCAACUCUCGGGGCCACUACUCUCUGGGACCCGACUCUCGGGGCCACUACUCUCUGGGACCCAACUCUCGGGACCACUACUCUCUGGGACCCGACUGUCCAAUGUUAGCCGGGACCCAACUCUCGGGACCACUACUCUCUGGGACCCGACUCUCGGGGCCACUACUCUCUGGGACCCAACUCUCGGGGCCACUACUCUCUGGGACCCAACUCUCGGGGCCACUACUCUCUGGGACCCGACUCUCGGGGCCACUACUCUCUGGGACCCGACUCUCGGGGCCACUACUCUCUGGGACCCAACUCUCGGGACCACUACUCUCUGGGACCCGACUGUCCAAUGUUAG